AUGAGCUCGCCGUCAUCCCGCCAAUUAGCGGCGGUUGAUGCAAAUGAGUCUGAUGAUACUGUCAAGCUGGUGUCGGUCCCGCUCAGCGUUGAGGAAGCCUCAAACGUUGUUAGCAGUCCGCAUGCAGGUGGAACAUCGAUUUUCGUGGGAACUACCAGAGAUACUUUUGAGGGCAAAGGCGUUAUCUCUCUUGAGUAUGAAGCUUAUGACGCGAUGGCGGUAAAGGAGAUGCAGGCGGUUUGCCGCGCCACCCGACUCAAAUGGCCACACGUUAUCAAACUCGCCAUUUUCCACAGAACAGGUCUGGUUCGUGUCGGUGAAGCAUCCGUUAUUACCGCCGCCUCUUCACCGCACCGCAGAGAUGCCAUAGACGCUUGUCAUUUUUUGAUUGAUGAGCUCAAGGCGACCGUUCCCAUCUGGAAGAAGGAACUGUACGAUGACGGGUCUGCUUGGAAGGCUAACAAGGAGUUCCAGCAUGCGCGAAAGUAGAAAUAGUGAUCCGAAAUUGU